CCAUCCAUAAGUUAAAAGCCCAGCACCCGCACAACACACCAAGCUUCCCCCCCUCAUCACCAGCUCCUCCAUCCCGGUCCUCUCCUCCUCUCUCCCUCCCCCCUCCUCCCCUCCUCUCCCUCUCCAAACCCCAUCUACGUCGGCGUAGGGUGCGGGGGCUGGAGUUGGAGGAAGCAUUUGUGACGAUUCUGUGGCGACUUCCCCAGAUCGGCAGAUCCAUCUUUCUGGGUCGUAUCUUUGGGCGAUUUGGAGCAAAGCCCCCAAAUAGUUUGUUGCAGGAAGGAGCCGCCUUUUCGCUGCUCCAGCCUCUCUAUGAGCCUCUGCUCGUCGUUCUUGGCCUCGGAUCAUAUAUCCAUCUAGGAAAAAGAGGCCACCUUUGCAUUUAUUCUUUUGCCCCUUCGGAGUUCGCCCUCGUCAAGAUUUGGUGGGAACCCAAUUCACUGCGAUUCCCUUGUGGAAAAGCGCCGCUUUGGUUCCUGUUUCCCCACAGCUCCCAACUCUAUAUAUCUCAAUCUCUCGUUCACCUACUUGCCUAACUUUCUUUUACUUCGAUCCACCAGUUUGUGGCUUCCACGCCUCGGCAUUCGGUAGCAAUAUAUUGAUUUGACGCAAACCAGAUCAAUCUGUGGCCCUUGUUUCCGGAGGGUUGUUGUGCUUGUUCCUGUUCUUGGUCGGAGGCAUGGCGGCGGCGAACGGAGGUGCCGGCGCGGCGCUGUUCAGCGAGGAGGAGCUGCGGGAGGUGAGCGGGGUGCGCCGGGGGGAGGACUUCGUGGAGAUGACGUGCGGAUGCACCAGCCACCGCUACGGCGACGCCGUCGGCCGCCUCCGCGUCUUCGCCUCCGGCGACCUGGAGGUCAGCUGCGAGUGCACGCCCGGCUGCCGCGAAGAGAAGUUGACACCUGCUGCCUUUGAGAAGCACUCUGGAAAGGAGACCGCUGGAAAGUGGAGGAACACUAUCUGGGUCAUGGUUCAGGGAGAAAAAGUGCCACUGUCAAAAACAGCUCUGCUCAAAUACUACUACUUGGCACACAAAUCCGGCAAUGGUUCUCACAAAGGUCGUAAUGGACGUCCAUCUCACCGUGAUGAGUUCAUCCGCUGCACAAGAUGUGGCAAGGAUAGGAGAUUUCGGCUACGGUCAAAAGAAGAGUGCCGUGUUUACCAUGAUGCUCUUGCCAAAAUUAACUGGACAUGUGCAGAUUUGACAACUGAUAGGGUCACCUGUGACGACGACGAGGAGCGAGCAAGCCGCAAGGUGCUGCGUGGCUGCUCCCGCGCCACGUCCUGCGCCGGCUGCAUGAAGUGCGUCUGCUUCGGGUGCGAGACCUGCCGCUUCAAGGACUGCGGCUGCCAGACCUGCGUCGACUUCUACCGCAACUCGAAGGAAUAACUGGGAGGACCUAACACCAUUCAUUCCAUUGGCCAAGACACCAAAAAUGGCCUCGGCCGCGGUAAACCGGAGGAGGCUUUAGCUAGUUCACCCGGGCUGAUCGUUGCCCUCAACAUCCAACAUAUUGGGACGGGGCAGGCCGUUAUCCUGAACAAUUCCGUUCUCUUAUUUUCCAUGGCUGGCAUUCGUUGAGUAGCAAAGGAUGCCAGCCAAUUUUGCUACAUAGUACAAUUUACCAACAGUUCUGUUCUUUA